UCGUGGGUCACAGUGAUAAGAACUGGUAAGGGUCAUUCCUUGACUUGUGUGAUCUCAGUUUGCUUCCACCAAGCUACGAUCGCACAUCAUGAGGUUCACAGAUUCCAAUUUGGUAGCUGGGCUAGCGCCAGGAAUAGGAAGAAUAUUAUUCAUAUUCUUACUUUUGAGCACUGAGAUUGUCGCGCAAAGUUUAUUCAGAUCCGGGAAAGAAUAUAUAUAUUCUUACAACGUUACAUCGAACACUGGUGUGCUAGUGCCUUCCAAUGCAGCUUCUUCAUGGAAUCUCAAUGGAAAACUCAUAAUUCAAGCGGAGCAUGAUUAUGUCACAGUACAGUUGCAAUCAUUGAAGACGAGCAUGCAUAAUGGAAAUAUAAAGGAAAAAGUAGAAGAUAUCGAUAUCUACGAUGACGCUUUAGAACUUUUGAAACCUUUCCGUUUAUCGUACAACAAAGUGAACAAAGGGCUCAUCGAGAACUUCAGCACCGAAGCCGAACCUAUAUGGACAACGAAUAUAAAACGGAGUAUAGCUGGAAUUUUGCAACUAGAUCUUUUGAAUUUAGAAAAGGAGAUCGCAUUUCAUUCUAGUGAAAUAAACCAUUACGGAAAAUGUGAUAUCGAUUAUGUUGUAAGCCCGGAAGGUGACAAUCAACGUUUGAUAAGAAAAUCGUUAGAUCCUCGGAUGUGUAUUGGGCAUCCAAAUUGCUACUGGUCGAACGUUCCUAAAGUGCAAUGCACUGACGAGGAUCAAAAUCCUAUCUUGAAAAGUAGCGAAAGAAUAUAUCAAUUGAAAACCGAUGGAUUCGUUCAUGAUAUCAUCUCCGUCAAUGCAUCCGGAAGUAUCUAUGUGCAACCUUUUCAAAGUAUGGGAGAGGCGCAUUAUCAUUUUGUUCAGCAAACUAUCGAGUUAUCUUCUGUAAAGGAUAUAACGAAUAAAAUAGCUACAAAUAAUUUACAAACUACAGCACUUCAACACGAGCUACCGGAAGCAGAUCUCACGCAGGGUAGAGGCACACCGGAUAAAAAUUUUGUUUUUAAAUCUAUAAGUCGUUUAUUAGAUCGUUUAAGCCACAGACUCGAAAAUCCCGGUUUGGAUACCGAAAUCCAUAAUCUGCACAAUUCAACGAUAUCUGUGCUUCUCUAUUAUCUCGAUAUGUUAGAUCGUGUUGAUCUAGGAAAAGCUUACACUCGCAUCUCCGGAACUAGUUACAAGGAGGAAACGAUACGAAACAUGUUUCUCGAGGCACUGCCGCAAGUUGGAAGUAAAGCGUCUGCGCUUUUCAUAUUGGAUCUUAUUCAGGGCAACAAAGUAUCCGAUAUAUCUGCGAUUCAGUUACUUAUGCGACUACCGUUUUAUAUAAGAAGACCCGACGUUCAACUACUGGUCAGCCUCCAACCGCUUCUUACGCUGGCGAGCAAAAUCCGCAUGGAAGUGCAAAAUACCGCGAUUCUGGCUUAUGGAACAUUAAUAUACAAAACUUGUCUGGUGCAUUGUCCGUAUGAGAUGUUAGAUGAUUAUGUACGCCUGUAUCUCGACAAAUUUACAGAAAGUACUCGAUACGAGCAGAAAAUGGUCUGGUUGGAAGGUUUAGCGAAUAUACAAUUAGGGAGAGUUGUCGAGUUUUUAGAGCCUAUAGCCAGCGGCAAUAAUGCUGAAUCACGGCAUUUUCGAGUACUCGCAGCUUGGGCCUCUAUUCCCACGGCACCAUUGAGGCCCGAUGUUAUUUAUCCUGUAUAUUGGCCGAUCUUGCUCAAUAGAACCGAGCAUCUGGAAAUGAGGGUUGCCGCGUUAACUUUACUUAUUGUUUCCAGCCCUACACCCAACAGAUUAAUAUCUCUGUAUUGGUACAUGCAAAACGAGCACGAUCAACACUUGUACAAUUAUUUUUAUACGAUGGUAAAAUCUAUGGAACGCACCACAUAUCCCUGUUAUAAGCGCAUAAGCAAAAUCGCAGCCCAAUUUAGUCGCGUACUUCGGAUACCGAAUAAUGACUAUUUGAUUACUGGUAAUUAUUUGGUUGAUUAUCAAGAUUCCUUGAGAAGAUUUGGUGCUAUGUUGCAUGGCAUUAUCAUAGCCAACCCUUUUACGAAUAUUCCUGAAGUAAUAUACGUAUCUUUAAAUAAUUAUGCUAGUGGAACGCACAUUAAUCAUGUGUCUCUAUACGUUAAAGCGGAGGGUAUUUUCCACUCAUUAGCAACUUCCUUUGAAAACCCGACGAACAUAAAGGAUAUUCUGAAGGAAUUCAAAUUGGAUGAACGCAGGAAAGGUCCUGUGCAUUUAGAGAUAAUUACACGUAUUCAAGAAAAAACAGUGUUGUGCGUUCAUUGGAAUGAAACAAACAUAAUUGAGGGAUUGAAGUACUUGUCUUCUUUAUCGGAUAACAUAUAUCAAACGUAUUAUAAUAUGGAGUUUCACAUUAAUCAACAACGUAUAAAUGUACCGUUGACGUUAGAAUCGAGGCAAGUAACUGAUUUUGGUACUAACGUUAGACUCGCGAUGACAGGAACGUCAUUGUUUUCAAUGAGAGGCAAUUUUACGCGUGAUUUUCCUGGACGAAAUAAUCAUAUUAUUUUACGCACAUCUGUUCACGGCAUUGAAACGAUAGAGAAUUAUAAUCCGCUGGUCGAUUUAUGGCAUAGCGCUGAAAGAGUUCAGUCGCUACACGGAUAUCUUCCUAUUAACGUUACACUCGGAUUAGACGAACGGCCAUUUAUUUCGUACGACACUCUAGAAGAACACCUUAAGACAGGAUUUACAGCACAUGCUAAAACGCUCACGAGCAUUAGAGGUGCCAAUGUUCGAUCAAAGUUAGAUCGAAUUUGUGGUUCGUGCUCUGUAUCGCACACAGUUGUAAAGUCACCAUCGUCUAAUCUGCAGACAGUGAAUAUUCUGAACAUGGAGCUUCCCGAAUUAGGCGGACGGCUACAAGUAAAGAUAUUUAAUUGCGAAAACUUGAUGUCGCAUGAAACAUUAAUUAACGACAUUUGGUUCUCUCAUCAGAGCAAUUAUCAAACGUGGCCAAGUAUAAAAUUUGCCUUAAUCGGACUGCAUUUCUUGGAUUACUUCACUUAUGUGCCACCAAAAGGUAGUUGUGGAUUAGCCGCUUAUAUCGAGGCACUUAAAUCCGGACCGUCACAGACGAGAUUGGAAUAUUUGAAAAGUGAAAAUCGUCAUAUUUUAUCUUUGACACAUCGCGACCUACAGUCCUCGCAAAUUUUUCAUCAAUGGAAUCUAGCUGUAUUACACGAAACCACCGGCUGGUUAUCGGACAUGAUUAAAUUUAAAGCCAUCAAGAUUGUGCCUGGUGAACGCGUAUUUAAGUUUUGCGUAGAAGUCGAAAGACAGGUGCCGUGGCGAUGGGAGAUUCUGAGUAACGAACCGAGUGGCUCCCCUCGCAUCAAAUUAAAUAUCAUUUGGGGACCAUCUGACAAUGCGAAAGGAAAAUGCAGUGGAUCUUCCAUAUCAAUGAACUUGAUUGGUGAAAUUAGCAACGAACAGCUCAUGGAAAGUAAAGAGGCAAACUGGCCUUACGAUGAAUGCCAAAGAGAUUCCGUGGGAAAAAGAAUCGUUCCUUAUACGAAUUCUUGUUACGAAGUAUCGAAGGAAUUGUCGACCUUGCGAAGAUAUGAAAUUAUUGCACAAUAUGAAAACUUACCAGAGAGUUUAUCCAAGCUGCUCUGGAAAAUGUACGCCUUGUACGAUCUUAUCGGUGGAAAUAGCAGUAUUGCAAGAAAAUCAGACGAGCUUGCGAUAACCGCGACUUUUCCAAAAGAGUCAAACGUUGGCGAAUUGCAACUUAACGGAGACAAAAUUGCGAUUGAAUACAAUUCGCAUUACAUUGAUCUUUUCUUGAUACGAACGAGAAUUCAUAAGUAUAUGGAAAUACCUUUAUUCAGAAUGUUUACUAGUGCAUGUAUAGUAACGUCAAAUUCUAUAAGGUCGGCGUACAACACGAUUUACAGUUUCGCUGAAAAUAGCGAAGCGAUAUUACUCGGGCAAUGUUACGACGAAAAUCCUAGACUUGCGUUGACAGUAGCCAAUGGUCUGUAUGGCAUCGACGUCAAUUUAACUGAUGAAUCGGGAAUUACCCGGAUUACAGCUGGUAAGGAUAGAGGAACCCUAUACAAUGCUACAUCACAUAUACAAUUGGAAUAUGAUUACACAUUUCAUAAACUAGGAACUAAAAAGAUUAAGAUGAGCGAGAAGACAAUCGAUAUUUUGCUACCUAAUAUUUUUCUGUAUAUGCAUUGGACGCAGGAACAAGUUCUCCUCUUUUUCCCCAAUCAUGUGCUAGAAUUUAGUUGCGGAAUAUGCACACUCGAUCAUCCCAACAUCGACAAAUUGUACGAAAAACUCUGAUUUACUCUGUAAAAGAUGUAUAUAUAAUUCAACAUGUUAAUGACAUCGCAAAAUAAUAGUUUUACAUUCAUUUUUAAUAUAUGUAAUAUUUUAAUGUAUAAUAAUAAAUAGUACAGUACAAAAAAAGUAUACAGAUAAUUACAUAAUUAGAACUCGGAUUUUCGGCCGUCGAAUCAGUCAAUUAAUAUUUCAAAUUUUCUUAUGAAUCGAAUCAGUCCAAUUAUUAAGAAACUAAUUGCCAAUGAAUAAAUACCCAAUGAUUAAGUCGAACAUCUGAACAAUUCAUACAUAAUCUCAUCAUUAGGCGAUUUUUGCGUGAAUAGCAACCAAAGUAUGUAAAAUAUUUUCACGUGUUCGAUUAUUAAUGGUAGACACAUGGCUAGCAAUUUUUAUCUUUUCUUCUUCUCUCAAACGAGAGCUUCGGAGUCAUUCUACGUAGGCUGCGCUCAGAAACAUUAAACAAAAACAAAUCAUAUUAUCCUUGUUUACCGAUUAUUAAACAAGGAUAAAAUGAUAUGUGGGUACACCUUAGCGAUGUUUCUGAACGAAGCCCCAGUUGAUACCACGCUAUACCUAAAGCAAGGUAUACUGAUUUUAAAUUUCUAGAUAAGUUGUAAAUAUAACGAAUAGAUAAAAACAAUAUAUGUUGCGUAUCUAUUUCGUGUUAAAUUUAUUUUAGCUCGAUAUUUUAAUCAAAAUUAGCCUGUAGUCUAUAAGCAUUAUACUUGAACUCAAUUUUAGUGCUUGUAGACUAACAAACUUUCAUGUUUAGACAAAUAAAUACGCUUUGAAACUCACAUUGUUAAUUUUCUAUAUUUUUUCGAUUCAUGUUAAAAAAAUUAUUUUUAAACAGUGUCGAACUUGGGCGUAUGAAAAAGAUAAUAUUUUUCAGCAUUAUAGUUGUGAUGAAGAAUAUAAGCUCCAUCUCUACCAAUAACAAUCUCGUUACAUGCACUUAACCCUUAUGGAAAAAAAACCACAAGAAUUGCAAUUCUUCAACAGUUCACCUGUAACGUUUUCUUGUGAUUUUUUUUUCAUAAGGAAGCGAUUGCCAAAAAUCACUUUAUAUUCUAUUGUUGUUAUAAAAUAUAAACCUUAGCAAAUAAUAAACAGUUCUAACAUAUUGGUGAAAUGACUAAAUGAUUAAAGCUUUAGAUUUAACUGAUUACUAGCCUUAGAUAUUGUUUACUAUUUAUUAAAAAAUAACGCUAAGAAUUUUAUUAUGUAACGAUUUAUAGAUAAAUAAUCUAGCUUUUUUAUUAACCAGUCGUAACAAUUAAAGAACUUAUACUAUGUGAAAUUAUAUAUACGAGCACAUUACAUACAGAUUAUAUAAGCAAUGUUAAUUACAUUUGCCAUGCAAAUACCUUCUUUUGUUUACACGAGUUUUGUCAUAAUGUACUUCAAAUUUCUAUUUAAUA